CAUUUAUUAUAAAUACCCGAGAAUUUUGAUUCGAAUCAUUUAGUAUUCUCGACGAGUUCAUCGGAAUUGAACUUGGAUUCAACGAUUCUUAGCAAAGCCAGAGAGAGAUUAGUGUGCCUAAAUUAAUAAUUUUUUAUUUUAGUUUUUAUUGAUCGAACAUUUAAUUAAAAUAAAAAUGUCAAAAGAAAGUAAAACCAUCAUUAUUAUCAGUGCUCUAUUAGUUAUUCUUCAAAUGACGUCAUCAGCCAGCAUUGAUCAAGACCUAUCCCCAUCAUCAUCCCCAAACAGUGGACUUUUUGCUGCAGAUUUACUGAGAAUUGCAAAAUCUAAAACUUCUGAAAAUGUUAUAUUCUCUCCCAUAUCAAUUCAGACAGCAUUGGCAAUGACUUACAUGGGUGCUGCAGGUAAAACAGCUGAAGAACUCAAAAACGGUCUACGUUUGCCAUCGCUCGACAAAGACCAAGUUGGCCAAUAUUUUUCACAACUUUUGAAUAAAAAAUCGGGUGAAGCUGAUUUGAGUAUAGCCAAUAGAAUAUUUGUUGGCAGUGACUAUCCACUUAAGGCUGACUUCAAUAAAAUGACUGAAAACUAUUUCAAAUCUGGAGCAGAAGCACUAAAUUUUAAAGACUUACCUUCGGAAGCCAUACAAACCAUCAAUUCGUGGGUUGAAAAUAAAACCAACAACAAAAUCACCGAUUUAAUGAAACCUGGAUCUGUGGAUGCUGAUACGGUAGCUCUUAUUGUAAAUGCAAUUUAUUUCAAAGGAAAAUGGAAGAAUCCAUUUAGCAAGGAUGCCACAAGGAAACUUCCCUUUUGGAUCAAUAAAGACGAAUCAGUUGAGGUUGAUAUGAUGUAUGGUGGUGAUAAGCGAAUAAAGUAUGGUGAAUUUUCUGAAAUUAAUGCAACUGCCAUCGAAAUGGCAUACAAAAAUUCAGAUAUAUCUAUGAUGCUGAUCCUACCCAAUGAGAAGGACGGUUUAGCUGAUUUGGAGAAUAAAUUGAGUUCAAUGUCUGUCAUUGAUUUGUCUUCAAAAAUGGGUUCGAGAAAAGUUGAUAUAAUGUUACCAAAGUUCCAGAUCAACUUUUCAACACCAUUGUCAGAGACUUUAAAGGAGAUGGGAAUACAAUCAUUGUUCCAAAAAGCUGAUUUGCCAGGUAUGUUUGAGUCAGGUCCAGCUGUAAAAGUAUCUGAUGUUCAACAUAAAGCCUUUAUUGAUGUUAACGAAGCUGGAUCGGAAGCUGCUGCAGCAUCAUUUUUACAAAUAUCACUAAUGUCCCUUGAUUAUGACCAGAGGUUCUUCAAUGCUGAUCAUCCAUUUUUCUUUGCUAUUAAAGGUCCAAAUACUGUUUAUUUUGUUGGGCAUGUUGCCAAGCCUUAGUUGAAACAAAUAAAUUCAUAAUUCUUUUGA